ACUCCUUUGGCGGCCACCCACCUUGGUCUUGGCAUUUCUCUUUCAUCUCAUACGGCUGACACAUCUAUUGCCCGGCCUUCGAAUAAGUUUUGAUUGGUUGGUUUCUGCCGAAGAUGGGGGAAAGGAGUGAGAACAAGGUAGAAAACACAAACUAUAAGAUGACCUUUCGAGGUGUAAGAAGCAGCAAAUUUCGACACGUGUAUGGAAGGCCAGCAAGAAAAAUUAAUUGUUAUGAAUGCAUGAAAAUUACCAAGAAUGCACAUGAUAGUCACUUUUGUGCAGUUAAUCCUAAGUUUGUUGCUAUAGUAACAGAAUCAGCUGGUGGUGGUUCCUUUCUUGUAAUCCCUAUUGAAAAGACUGGACGUUUAGAGGUCAAUGCUGGAAAGGUAACUGGACACAGUAGGCCAGUGUUAGACAUUAAAUGGAACCCUUUUAAUGACAAUGUGAUUGCAUCCUGCUCUGAUGACUGCACAAUAAAACUGUGGUUUAUUCCUGAUGAAGGCCUGAUGCGCUCAAACAUGACGAAGCCUAUAAUGGACCUCCAUCAUCAUUACCGUAGAGUGGGUAACGUUGAAUGGCAUCCGACAGCUGAAAACAUUAUUUUCAGUGCUGGUUUUGACAAUAUAAUCCUUAUCUGGCACGUAGGCAAAGGAGAAGUCGUGAAAAUUAUAGAUUGUCAUCCCGAUUCUAUUUACUCAAUGUCUUUCAACCGGGAUGGUAGCCUACUAGCAACCACUUGUAAAGAUAAGAAGUUAAGAAUUAUAGAUCCUCGUCAAGGAAUGGUCCUUAAGGAGAGUCUUUGCCACCAGGGAUCCAAGGCUUCUAAGGUUGUGUUCCUAGGUGAUACUGGACGAGUGUUUACCACCGGAUUUUCAAAGUUCAGUGAUCGACAGUGGGCUGUUUGGUCACAGCAUGACCUUGGUAGUCCUUUGAGGAUGGAAAGUAUUGAUUCUUCCUCAGGAGUUUUGUUUCCUUACUAUGAUCAUGACACCAAGAUGGUUUUUCUUGCUGGAAAAGGUGAUGGCAAUAUUCGAUACUAUGAAAUUGUAGACGAGGCACCCUGGUGUCAUUAUCUUCAUCAGUUUUUGACUGGUUCACCUCAACGUGGCCUUGGUUUUAUGCCGAAACGUGGGCUAGAUGUGAUGAGUUGUGAAAUUUUUCGGUUUUAUAAGCUUCAUGCUACCAAAGAUCUGUGCGAACCAGUGUCGAUGAUUGUUCCAAGAAAGUCUGAACGUUUUCAAGAGGAUCUUUACCCUGACACAGUAGCUCCAACACCUGCUCUUACAGCUGAAGAGUGGUUAAAUGGAAAAAACCGUAACCCUGUUCUUUUGUCCUUGAAGACAGGUGCUGGAGCACGAACCAACAAGCCGGUAUUAUAUCAACCAGACUAUACAACAGAGCUGAACAAUGAACAAAAGUUUCUUUCUGUUGCACUAAACAACAGAGUUGGCCACAAAGAUGUCAGUAAUGGAGACAAUCAGAACAACAAUGUAAUUAACAACGUGAGAGCUUUGGAUGUCACCAAUCAGAACAAGGUGAUUGAAUUGAAAAAGAGACGACUACCGUGGCUAGAAGAAGAGAAGACAGAGAAUGGAACAAUAGUAUGCGAUGUUGUGUCCAGUGGUACCUUACCUAUGGCCUCAUAUGUUGCUAUGAAUGACAGUGAGAGCUCUAGUGAUUCAGAGGUUGAACAAGAUGAACCAAAAACAAAGACAGAGGUAAUUUGUUUUUUCAUUUGAAAAAUUAUAAAGUUGAGACUUUUUUUUUUCUUUUCUUUCUUGCUCAGAACAUUUUAAACCUGGUAAUAAAUACUAGGCACUAUGGACUAUGAUGUGGUUU